CCUUUUGUUUUCUUGCAGCCAACUGGGUACAUGGAAAACUCCAUUUCCUACAGUGCUAUUGAAGAUGUUCAACUGCUCUCCUGGGAGAAUGCCCCUAAGUACUGUUUACAGCUCACAAUCCCGGGGGGUACUGUCCUACUGCAGGCUGCAAACAGUUACCUGAGGGAUCAGUGGUUUCAUUCUUUGCAGUGGAAGAAGAAGAUUUACAAGUACAAGAAGGUGCUGAGCAACCCCAGCCGCUGGGAGGUGGUGCUGAAGGAGAUCCGGACGCUGGUGGACAUGGCCCUGACGUCCCCGCUGCAGGACGACUCCAUCCACCAGGCACCCCUGGAGAUCGUCUCCAAGCUGCUCUCAGAGAACAACAACUUAACCACUCAAGACCACGAGAGCAUUAUUGUGGCAAUUGCACCUUUGCUGGAAAACAACCAUCCUCCUCCUGACCUCUGUGAAUUCUUCUGCAAGCACUGCCGAGAGCGCCCGCGGUCCAUGGUGGUGAUCGAGGUGUUCACCCCGGUGGUGCAGAGGAUCCUCAAACACAACAUGGAUUUUGGGAAGUGCCCUCGGUUGCGGCUCUUUACUCAGGAGUACAUUCUGUCUUUGAAUGAGCUGAAUGCUGGAAUGGAGGUGGUGAAGAAGUUUAUUCACAGCAUGCAUGGUCCAACAGGACAAUGCCCACAUCCCAGGGUCCUGCCAAAUCUUGUAGCUGUCUGCUUAGCUGCCAUUUAUUCCUGUUACGAGGAAUUCAUCAACAGUCGGGACAACUCACCAAGCCUGAAGGAAAUUCGGAACGGCUGCCAGCAGCAGUGCGACCGAAAGCCCAACCUCCCCCUGCGCCUUCUCCACACGAGCCCUGACCUGGUCUCUCAGGAGGCCACCCUGACUGAAUCCCGCCUCAAACCAGUCAUUGUCACCUCCAACGAGAUCCACGUGGAGGUGGAGCGCAACAACACGGCCAACCAGAAGAUGACAGCCGGCGUUGGCAACGACAGCGAGCCCAACCUCAUCGACUGCCUGAUGGUCAGCCCCACCUGCAGCACCAUCAGCAUCGAGCUGAGCCCCCAGGCUGACAGGAUCCUGGGCUGCUACGUGGAGAUCCUCAAGAUGCUGUCAGACUAUGAUGACUGGAGACCAGCCCUGGCCAGCUUGCUUCAGCCUAUCCCAUUUCCCAAGGAGGCUCUUGCACAUGAGAAAUUCACAAAGGAGCUGAAAUAUGUGAUUCAGAGAUUUGCAGAGGACCCGAGGCAAGAAGUGCACUCGUGUUUGCUGAGUGUGAGGGCUGGCAAGGACGGCUGGUUCCAGCUCUACAGCCCUGGGGGAGUGGCCUGUGAUGAUGAUGGAGAGCUCUUUGCCAGUAUGGUUCAUAUUUUAAUGGGAUCCUGUUAUAAAACAAAGAAAUUCCUGCUUUCACUGGCUGAAAAUAAAUUGGGACCUUGCAUGCUGCUGGCUUUGAGGGGUAACCAGACGAUGGUAGAGAUUUUGUGUUUGAUGCUGGAAUACAACAUCAUUGACAAUAAUGACACCCAGCUCCAGAUCAUCUCCACCCUGGAAAGCACAGACGUGGGAAAGAGAAUGUAUGAACAGCUGUGUGAGAGGCAGAGGGAGUUAAAGGAGCUGCAAAGAAAAGGUGGCCCCACAAGGUUAACACUGCCAUCCAAGUCCACAGACGCAGACCUGGCCCGCCUGCUGAGCUCGGGCUCUUUUGGCAAUCUGGAAAACCUCAGCCUGGCCUUCACCAAUGUGACAAGUGCUUGUGCUGAGCACCUCAUCAAACUGCCUUCGCUCAAGCAGCUGAACCUGUGGUCAACUCAGUUUGGCGACGCGGGGCUGCGGCUCCUGUCCGAGCACCUCACCAUGCUGCAAGUGCUCAACCUGUGUGAGACCCCCGUGACGGACGCUGGGCUGCUGGCACUGAGCUCCAUGAAGAGCCUGUGUAGUUUAAAUAUGAACAGCACCAAACUUUCAGCGGAUACCUAUGAAGAUCUCAAGGCUAAACUCCCCAACCUAAAGGAGGUGGACGUCCGCUACACCGAAGCCUGGUGAACUCUCCCUGCCUCCCACUCUUCUCUUUUGCUUCUUGUGAGAAGGAAGAGAUUUUUAAAACAGACAGAUUAAAACAAACCUGAAAAUAACUUUUGGCCAAUUCCUGUAGAGCAGUGAGUCUGGGGACUUGGUGGCAGGAGUUGUGGUUGUGGGGUAGCAGAGUGGAGUUGUGUGUUUUGGGAGGAUGGGGCAAGCCUGGACCCCACUGGAUUCUUUCAGCUUUGUGAUUUCAGAAUCAACAUAAUUUAAAUUGAAAAGGAAGGAAACAAACAAACAAAAAAAAAGAACUUUGUAGCAGCAAGAGGAUUAUAAAGAGGAAAAAAACACCUUUGUGGAUUUUAUUUGCCUUUGUGUUUAUGCCGUGUGGAGAAAAAAAAUAUAUUCCUUUGUCCUUACUUACCUGGGUUUCCUUGGCUGGCACCCAGCCAGCCAGAACUCCUGUUUCACCAGUUUUGCUCCAGAAAAUCAAACUUCAAAAAUCUCAAGAGAAGAAAACCAAAACCAAUAUGAUUUUCACCUCCCCUCAUGUCCUUGCAGUUGUUAUGCAAAGUAAUUUUGUUGUACAUAAGAUUUACAUAAUGCACCUAUUUAAGAAAAUGGUUCACAAAUAACAGGUCUGGGACCUGUCUUUUAUUUAUGAAUUGUUAAUUCUUUUACCCUUUUUUUGCGUAUAGUACUGUAUAAACUAGUUUGCUGUCUUGUUGUUAUUAUUAUUUUUUUUUAAGGAAAUGUCCUCCUUGAAGAAUUGCCUUUUAGUAAUGCAAACUGUAUUAUACUCCCUCUUUGUCAACAUUCAUCGCGUUGUCUUUUUGAUUUCAAAAUGCCUCAAAUGUUAUCAAAUAGGAAGGAAAAUCUUUAUCAAGGGGGGUGUGGUUGUUGGGGAAGGGGGUGCAGGGAUUAAUAAAAGUCACAAUUCCUUCCAAAGUCUGAAAAUUUUCUUUAGUCUUUUAAGCCAUGCCAGGUUUAAACACGGGAGAUGGGGACAAGGCGUUUCUUUUGCCAAUGGGGUGUUUGCAAACUGUAGAUUUUACAAGUGGCCUCUGUUGUUUUCUGUUUACGUCCGAUAUUUCAAAAUGAGGAAAAAAAGCUCUCCCUCCACUUUGUGCAUCAGCUUUUUCUGGUUUGUUUUUUUUUCCCCCUCCCCUCAUUCCCUCCCCUGUCCUGUGCCCCCCUCCCUGCCCUGUUCUGUGCACGCAUUGUUCUGCAUGUUCCUCUGGGGAGACUGAGGAAAUCGCGGUGUUGCUGAUCCGAUAGCUCUGACCUGUCUGUAAAUGUGACUGCUACAUUUUUCAAAUUCCACAGUUGCUUAGAAGAUGAUUUUUUAAAAAUUGUGGUUUCUUUUAUAACUAUGCUGUUGACUUUUUUUUUCAUAAUGAGCCUUCAUUGUACAGAGCUGCUUAUUUAAAAAAAAUCAAACAAAAACAAAACAAAAAAGUUUUUUCCUCUGUUUAACACUUUUAUUUUAUUCUUCAGCACCUCAAGGUUUCACAUACAGCCAAUGUAAUUUUUUAUAUAAAUAUAUAUAUAUAUUUAAUCUUAUUCAAUGGAAAGCCAAGCUUUUUUGUUCAGGUUUUUUUGUUGUUUUCUUUUUUUUAAGUUUGUUGCUAUGUAGACAACCCCAUCCCAAAUGAUGUUGUUUUUCUCUUUUUUUUUCUUUUUUUUAAAAUAAUGAAACAGAAAUUGAGUCUUAACUCAUGUAGUGUGUCAGGUUUUUUUCCCCCCUUCAAAUCCCAAACUGUAUGAAGAUGCAGUCUGGGAAGGAAGAAGAAGAAGAAAAAAAAAAAAAAAAAGAAGAAAAAAUACGCCAACAUUUUCCUUAGCACUGUUGCUUUUACCAAUGGUUUACUACUACUGUUCUGUAGCUGUGUACAAAGAGAUGUGAAAUAAUUUCAGGCAAAAAUAAACUGUAAGUGAAUAUCUUU